AUCAAUCAAUAAUUCUUAUCAGUUCAGAUAAACUAAACGUAGACGUGUGCAUACCAGAAUUGUCUUUUAAUUAAAUUCCAUAAUUGAAAACACACAAUCCAUAAAAGCAGUUAGUUUAGCUCACCAAUUCCAUCAUGCAAUGUUUUGCUUUGGUCCUCUUUUGUGUUUUGUGUUCUUUUACUUUAGUCUCUAGUAAAUAUCCUUUACAUUACAGGAUUUUGAGAACCGGAGGAGACGGUGACGAUGCCAUUGAUGACGAUGUUGGCGUCGAUGAUGAUGCGGGUGUGACAUUAAGUAAAGAGAAUGACAGAAACGAAGGAGUUGACGACGAUGAACUUGAUAGCAAUGAAGGCAAGAAGUUAAGUGAAGCCAAUGACGAAAACGACGCAGUCAACGAUGAUGAUCAUGUUACUGAAGAUAAUAAUAAAAACGACGCAGUUGGUGACGAUGAUAAUGUUACUGCAGGUAAUGAUAAAAAUGACGCAGUCGGCGAUGAUGAUAAUGGUUCUGCAGGUAAUGAUAAAAACGAGGCAGUCGAGGAUGGUGGUCAUGAUGAAAAUAGCGCAGUCCAUGAUGACGAUGAUUCUGCUGUUAAUGACGAAAACGCCGCAAUAACUAAUGAAAAUACUGCUAUCAAUGAUAGUAAUGAGGGUAACCAGGAAAUCGAAGAUGAUGAGCCUUCAAACUCAUCCACUCAGGGCAAGAAGGUGAAACUUAGCAAUGACGAGCUGGAGGACCUCAAACAGUACUUCCUGGAGCUGAAAGCUGGUGAUUUGACGGAGUUCCUUGGCAAUCCUCAUUAUCACGAAUCGAGGUAUUAUAAGGACCUGGGCCGCCGGUUUGUUCCUUUCUACCCUUAUAAGGAGAGGAAAGUUAAACAUAGAAAACCGAGUCCUGAGCAAAUCAUACAGUUUAUUAUGUCCUCAGCAAAAAAAAAUCUAAGGAAUAACGAAGAUAGAGAUAUAGUACCAAUAAUGGCACCAGCUCACGUAGUCAUGGCUGUGAUGAGAAACGGUACAAAAAAAUAUUCCUCUAAGCCAAGCGAGCCUACGGAAGAAAUCAUCAGACAGUAUAUGCUGAGGAGUGGUGAUUAUUGGGAUGAUGUGUGGAAAGAAGAUGUGAAGCCAGACACUAUUCUAAGAACAAAGAAAAGGAAACAUCACAAACAAACAUUGGAUAUCCAGCCAUUCACAUCGAAGCUUGUCCCGGGCACCAAAUUGUAUGAUCUGCUCGCUAGGAUUGUGAAGAAAUCACCGAAACUAUUGUACUUUAUCAACAAUUAAUAAUAAUGUAUAAUACAUAAUAUUAAAAACAGUA